UCUUUCUUCCCUUGAACUUCAUACGCUUCUUACACGUUAUAUAGCUGAGACGUUUUGUCUUACAAAAUACCUCUAGAAUUUCUGGUGCGGAAAAAACAAAGAAACUACGUUGAAAUAUAAGCAACUUGGUAACCAGUGCUUCUUCAGGUAUACUUAUUUAGAUUGAAAGAGUGCCAAUAAUUUCUUUGCAUGAAAGUUGUUUUUUAAUGAAACUAAACUGAUGUUUGUUUUGAAUUUGGUUCGUUAACACCUUCUUAAAUCUGUUUUUGUAAUUGGAGAUAUAGGCUUUGCGCAGGGAUUUGAGGUUGGUACAAUUGAAAAUAAUCGGACUACUAUAUUAAUCGAGACACUAUUGCAUGUAACUUCAAUUUUGAUAUUAGUCUAAACCUCUUAAUCUACUCGUAAUUACUUUUUUUUUAAUGAUAUAUAGGUUAAUUUUGUUGUUAUUUAGAAUCUUAAUCUACUCAUAAUUUUUUUAAUUUUUUUAUGAUAUAUAGGUUAAUUUUGUUGUUAUUUUCAUUUAUGCGGGUGUUUUUCGUAGAAAAAAUAAAGGGCAAAUGCAAAAUUGAUCAGCUUGAAGAUAAUUUUUCACCAUUUAUAUAGGUUUUUUUUUUCUUCAUAAUAUGGAAAAAUGGUUUAUUUUUAUUUCCCUAGCUAAUGUAAAAAAACAUUAUGGUAAGUUUUGUGCAAGGUUAAUGUAAUAUAAUUGGAUACUAUUAUUGAUUGAGAGCUUCUAUGGUGUAGUCACCAAUUUGACUUCAGUGGUGAAGUCAUUGCAAUUGACCAAUAGAAUUAAAGCUCUAAUCAAUCCUAAUUAAUUCUAAGUUAAACUAAGCCACAUCAGCUCUGUGGUAAAAUAACUUUACUGUGGGACCCAUUAAAAAAAAACUUUUGAUUAUUGCAUAUAAGUCCCCAUUCAUUUAAUAAUAUCUUACAAAUUAAAAUUAACUUUUAUUAGAUUACAAUUUUUUUAAACUCAUAUUAUCGUUCUUCUUCUUCUUCAUCCUUCACCCUUCUCCCAACUUCCCUUCAAAACCCUAAAUUCCACCCAUCUGUUCUUCUUCUGCAACCUUCUCCCAAAUUUGACAUACUCUGUAAUUCUUCAAAUCAUAUGUUCUUCUAUCUUCUUCCACUUUCGAUUUUUGUUUACUCUCUUUGCGAACCUGCGAACAGGUAAACACUGCGAACAGAUGAACAUGACUUCGACCUCUUCGGCGCCAACAAAAUCAUAUUCUCAAGGUUGGUGAAGACAAUGAGAUCGAUAAAUAUGGACGAAAGAUGAAGUUGCUCAAGAUCGUCUAUGGUACAAAGCACAAUGAUUCCAUGUUGUAGCCUCCUUUGACAGGGGUUUGUUUCGACUGUAAGACAUAUGCGCUCAUUAGUUCCUGCCAUUUAUGACAUAACAGUGGCUGACCCUAAAAGUACUCCUUCUCCUACAAUGCUAAGAUUCCUAAAUAGGAAACCUUCUGUGAAAAUGAUAAAACAGAAAAUGAUAAAAAAUAUUGGAGAAGGAAAAGUAUCCGAACCAAACAAUGGUGUUACAGAUAUUGAUAUUCCACCAGACCUGUUGAUUACAGAAUUUGAGGACCCAAUCGUAGCAAUAGUUAAUUCUACAUAUCCGGAAUUUACGAGCAAUUCUUGCUUCUACAUUGGAGGAGACGUGCGUGAUUAUUUCAAUGCAAAUUCUGUUGAUAAGUCGGAAUUCCAUGAUGUAACAUUGGUUAACAUCCUCACCCCAGAAUUUCUCAGUUCACUGCAAACAUCAGGAUUACCUAACCAUCAUAUAAAACUAAAGGUUGGGACACCAAUUAUGGUCAUGAGAAACAUCAACCAAUAUGAAGGCUUAUGUAAUGGAACAAGGUUGAUAAUAACAAAGUUGGGUGGUGUGAUUUAAACUAUGUGAUUUUUAUUCUGGUGGUAAAAUUACUCUUGUUUGGGUGGAGCUAGAAGUUGAGUGUUGAGCCUUUGUUGGCUUUUAUAUGUACCAGUAUGUAAACUUGUAACAGGAUCAUGGCAUGUCUUAUGUUGUGUUAUUAUUAAUAUAUUUCUUUAGCCUUUACAAUAAAAAAAAUUCAUGGUGAACAUGCAAAG